CAGUGUGUGUGUGUGUGUGUGAGUGUGUGUGUGUGUGUGUGUGUGUGUGUUGUAGAGAGUGUGUGUGAGUCAAUUUAAAAAAGCGUCUUCAGUUACUUUGUUUCCUGACGGAGGAAGAGUUUAGAGAAGUGAGGACAUGGUGAUGAUGGUGAGGAUGAUGAUGGGCUUCCCUCAGCCUCCGUGGGCUCAGGUGAGCCCUGGGCUCCAGUCUGAGUGCUAACCAUGCUGCGGCAGUCCGACCCAAACUCCAGUACACUGCAGCUGGUUGCUAAUGAUAUGACCGACAUCAUGGAGAAGCUGGACACCCACGAGCUGGACCUGGAAGAUGGAGAGUACGACACAACCGACACCACCACUCCAGCCGAUCAUUUACCUUUCACGGCAAUCUACAAGACGGUGGGUUUUAAGGAGUCCAGGGCCCAAGUGUUCUUGUCUUCACCGAUCACCGCUAAGAUCCUGGAGGUGGAGCGCUUCACCUCUGCUCAGGACCGCUUCAACGUCACCACGCAGAGGAGCAUCAACAAGUCGAUGCCGGCGGUGUUUAAGAUCGAGUUGAAGCACGGGGAGUUCACGUGGCUGGUGAAGAGGAAGGAGAAACACUUCAUGGAUCUGCACAGAGAGCUCAGGACAUACAAGACGUUCAUGAAGCUCCCGUUGCCCACACGCAGUCACACAGUGAAGAGGCAGUCGGCAGCAGAGGGGGUGAGACACAUGCCCACCCUGCACCGAGGAAGAGGAGAUGAGCUGGGCAGAGAGGAGCAGGUUUCCAGUCGCAGGAAACAACUAGAAGAUUACUUGAAUAACCUGCUGAAGGUGCCAAUGUACAGAAACUACCAUGCAACGAUGGAGUUCAUUGAUGUUAGCCAACUGUCUUUUAUCCACGAUCUGGGACCAAAAGGCUUAGAAGGGAUGGUGCAGAAGAGAUCCGGCGGUCAUCGUGUUCCCGGGAUGAACUGCUGCGGUCGCAGUAAAAUGUGCUACCAUUGGUCCAAACGCUGGCUGGUAGUGAAGGACUCGUUCCUGCUCUACAUGAAGCCGGACUCUGGUGCGAUCUCUUUUGUGAUGCUAGUUGACAAGGAGUUCAGCAUCAAGAUGGACUCCAGAGACACAGAGACCAAACACGGCGUUCGCAUCGACAGUCUGUCCAGGUCGCUGUUGCUGAAGUGCAGCAGCUACAGACACGCCCGCUGGUGGGGUCAGGCCAUUGAAGGCUUCGUCCAGAAGCACGGCUCAGCCUUUCUCACCGACCACCGCUUCGGAUCCUUCGCCAGAGAGGAAGUUAACAUCCCUGCCAAAUGGUAUGUGAAUGGGAAGACGUACAUGGAAGAUGUGGCCGAUGCUCUUGAAGCGGCCAAAGAGGAGAUAUUCAUCACAGACUGGUGGUUAAGUCCAGAAAUCUUCCUAAAGAGGCCGGUUGUUGAGGGCAACCGCUGGCGUCUGGACUCCAUCCUGAAACGAAAAGCGGAACAAGGAGUGCACAUCUUUGUAAUCCUGUACAAAGAGGUGGAGUUAGCUCUGGGCAUUAAUUCAGGAUACAGCAAGAGAACACUCCGGCACCUCCACCCCAACAUCAAGGUGAUGCGUAAUCCAGACCACGUCUCAUCUGCCGUCUACCUGUGGGCGCAUCAUGAGAAGAUCAUCAUCGUCGACCAGUCGGUGGCCUUCGUUGGUGGGAUUGACCUCGCGUACGGUCGGUGGGACGACAGGGAACACCGGCUAACGGAUGUCGGGAGUGUGACACUCUCACAUUUGGAGCAAGCUGAAGCUGUCGCUCCCAAUAUGGCUGCCCCUGCUAACGGCAGUGGCGGGGUUUCCCAGCGCAAUGGGAAUGGCGUGUUUACGGUGACAGACUCGGUGGAUCAGCCCAAGCUGAAGGGUCAGGGGAGGUUGAAGAGGACCAGGUUUAGUAUCAAGAGACACCUACAGAAACACGGGCUUGCCAGCGCUGACAGCGACAGUGACCUGGAAGACGAAGCCAAGAGCGGCUCAGUGCGUAGUCUUCAAACCGGGGUGGGAGAGUUGUUUGGAAACACGCGCUUCUGGCACGGAAAAGACUACUGCAACUUUGUGCACAAGGACUGGAUUCAACUGGACAAACCGUUCGAUGAUUUCAUAGACAGACACACAACUCCCAGAAUGCCUUGGCAUGACAUCUCCUCAGUGGUUCAUGGGAAAGCAGCUCGAGACGUGGCCAGACACUUUAUUCAAAGGUGGAACUUCACAAAGCUGGUGAAGCCAAAGUACAACUCGCCGUCGUUCCCGUGUCUGCUGCCCAAGUCUCACACCACCGCUGGAGAGCAGAGAUACCAAGUCCCCAACUGCAUCCCCGCCAAAGUACAGAUCCUUCGCUCAGCCUGUGAUU